AUGCAGGUACCCAAACAUGUCGCCCGGGGCGCCCCUGUGCCCCUGUUCAUGCCUCCGGCGCAAGAUCCCGUGCAGCUUGCAAGGGAGGUCUUCCUCGCCUGGCUACAAAGAGAGAAUACGUCGGUCGGCCGAGCGCUGUUGCAGUUCGACUUGGAUGCCGAUGGCAUGCUCUCCGGCUACGAGAUUUCACGGGCCGCGUCGCAGGCCGGCGUGGCUGCGGAAGACAUUCCCAGCCUGCUGCGACACCUGGGUGUCGGCCCCGGAGGCCUGGCCGUGGAUGCUCUGUCAGACAUCUUGCUGGGACACGUGACACCGGCGGGGCCAAAGCUGCGGCCACCGCCGAAGCAGGCCGUACAAGUAUCAAAGCCUACGGAGCAAAGGCUGGCCCCCGGCCCAAACAGGUUCCUCCAGCUUGUGCAAGAUGCAAAGAGCCAAGCCGAUUACCAGGCGCAAGUCCUUCAGUUUCUGCAAGUUUCUCCGGGGGAUAAUAUCGAGCAGAAGGAGACCGAUGCCGUUGCGUUCUGCCUAUCGAUACCUGCAAGGGACCUGUACGGCAUCGUGGACAGCUUUGGCUCAACCGUUCUGGUACUUGCUUGCAGACUCGGCAUGCAGCAGCUUUUUCAAGUAAUUCUGACGACAUCCGCGUCAUCUCAGGAGCGCAGCGCCUUCGUGAACCAGCCUAACGACAUGGGAUGGACCCCUCUACUCCUGGCAGCACAAAAUGGAUACCAUCUGAUGUGUGAAGAGCUUCUUUGGGCACAGGCCGAUCCCAAUCUUCCCACAGAAGGCACGCGUCUCUCCCCACUGACAUUGGCAGCUUCUUAUGGCCACGCUCACACCGUCCGGCUCCUGCUGGAUGUUGAGUGGACCAGGCCGCCUACCAACCGAGCUCAUCCCUGGAUGCUCUCUUCCGACGGGCGUUCGGCCUUGCACUUCGUCCGGGCACGACUGCAGUGCAGGAUGAAACUCGUGGACGAUGGAGAGGAUCCACGGCUAGACAGCUACAGCAUCAGGAAGCCGCGGCACGCGGAACUUCCCGAGGAGUACAGCAACAUUGAGCGCAUGCUGGUUGCAGCGAUGCGCGUGGUGCCACCGCCGCCCGGAUUCGAAGCGGCUGUCCAGGACGAGUACUUGGACGUCGGCGUCUGGAAUCAGAUCCUUGAGGAGUUGGAUCUUUUGCGUCGGGAGGUUCCUCCGGGCCCCAUGGGCGCAACUGCCAGCGUUGAGGCCCCGAGUGCUGAUGAUCUCAAGCGCCUUUAUGACAAGCACGACAUCACCGGCUCCGGGCACCUGGAGAAGCAAGAGGCUUUCGCGCUUCUCGAAGAUCUGAGGAUCAGAUAUGGCUUGGAGGAGGAGCUUCCCGAGUCCUUCAAGGAAGCAGUCUUUCAGGAUUUUGACAAGGACAGCGCUGGCACCUGGAGUUGGCACGAUGUGCGAGUUCUAAGCGGAGAGGGUUGGCCUGCCAUGAGACGGCGCUUGCAGCGCUUGCGAGUGCGCGGAGGCCAGCGGCACAAUCGAGCUCAACGGCAGAAGGAGCAGACAUUUACUGAAAGUGCCGCUUCAGCUUGGUCAAAGGUGUCCGGUGCAGGAGCCGCUGUCGCGGCUCUUAAGGAGGUAGAAAAGGCUCCAGACUUGGAGGAGGAGGUUCAGCUGGACUUCCACCCGCUGCGAAUCCAAAACAUAUCCAUUGGACAGGAAUCCUGGACCUUCGCGCCUGUGCUCGACUUGCGGGUGAUCCGCGGCGACCCUCGCCGUGGCCGGACAGCACCCAAUGAAGUCAACCAGGCGGUCUUCGAGGGGCCCUUCGUGGCGCGUGUUGUAUCCGGUGUCCCUCGCGGUACUACAGAGGAUCCGACGUGGUCUGAGUCGUUGCAGUUGACUUUCACCAAAGCGAAGGGACUUUAUGUCCAUGUGGUUCUGUCCGACACGCGCUUCGGCGUCGGCUUGGGCCCUCUCGCAGAGCUUGUCGUUACGCUUGGGGAGGUGUUGGACAUGAUGCGCUCUCCGACUGUAAGUCGCUUCACGAUGCAGCCCUUCUCGGUGGACCUGUCAAAGGUCAAAAUAAGUCCUCCGGUGGUGCUGGUGGCACAGUUUGGUGGACCACGGCCAAGUCUUCACUGUUUCUGCCACGUGAUUCGUGCGGAGGCUCUGCCAGAGGACACUUUCGUGAUCGAAGUUGCUCUGCUUGCGAACCAGGGGGAUGGCUGCAUUCUAGCACGUGGCCGAUCAGAUCCUCAAAGCGGCCCCGAUCCGAUCUAUCACAGCUCGGUGAACUUGGACUGGGAUGACGAGGGCGACAUGGCUUUCAACUGCCAGGUAAUCCGAACAGGAAUGGGAUUCAGUGAGGAAACUUUCGCGGAGCUGAAGGAGAAGCUGCCACAGGCGAUGGUGGCUGCUGUUGGCAGAUCCCAGCGGCUGGAGCUUCGAUGUUUGGACGGAUCAGGUACCAAUGCAGAGAUCAGCAUGCACUUUGCCACAGUAAUGCCAGAGGCAUGCUUGAGCAUCACGGCGUCCUCGGCUACCUGCCUUGCGCCGAAGAGCGAGGCUUGGAGUUUCAAUCCUUUCGUGGAGGCGAGCGUUCACAGCCGCGAUCCACGCCUCGGCAGCAUCGGCCGCAGUGCCAAAGUCGCCACUGCACAGACCGAGACUCUGACCAACUGCCAUGCAGAUCCACAUUGGGGACAGCCUAUGGUCCUCAAGCUGGUGCCGGAGCCCGGGCUCUUCUUGCGCAUCGUCGUCUGCUCAGAAGCGCUCGGUGUGACGAGGGCUUGGGACGAGCUCGCGGAGCUGGUAAUGGAGCUGCCCGAGGCGCUGAAGCUUGCACAAGGGUCGGUGGAGCGGAAGUGGACGAUGAAGCGGCUGAUUGACAUGAAGCGGCACGGCGAGUCUGAAAUCUUCCUGAGCUUUGCACAGGUAGGCGGCAAUGUUGCUGCCUCUGCCUUCGAGAUCGCAGAGCACACCUUGCCCGUGCAGGAGGGAGCCAUGCCGAGGCCGCUCCACCCGAAAGCUACACUGGAUGGCAGCCCUGUCAGCCCAGCGGGAACAAGAUCGAAGCACACGACCAUGCAGCUUCCGAUCGCUCCUGGCUAUACACUGCCGCCACAGCCUUCCGUGCAAGGAAUGCAGCAUUUAGAGCAGGUGCUUCAGGCGCAUGGCCAAGAGAUUCCAGACAUCAUCGCGCAGCGUUAUGGGCCGCCGCGGCAGCCAAGGUUCCAAGAUCUUCCUCCACCUCCGGCACUCCGGCCCAUCGCCCCGCCAUCCACAGAGGAGCUCUCCCAGGCUUUACAGCGUGCUCCAACACAAGGGGCUAUCGUGAAAGGCAGCGUGCCUUUGAGCUUCCUCAGCGCUCCCGGCAAUCCUCAUCUCGCCUGGCUUGCUCGUCGGUGA